AUGAAAAGUGGGAAGCUAAUUUUGAGUGAAGUUAAUCAAUAGAUAGAAUAAAUAUCAAGAAGAUUGAGUGAUUUGAGCCUUUGGAAAAACCCUAAAAUUGAAUUUCAUAUAAAUGAAAUAAGUAAUAAGGUUCAAAAUAUUCUUCUAAUAUUGGAUUUGGAAGAAAAUAUAGAAAGAUAAUAUUUAUAAAUGAGAUAACAAACCGUUUCUUAAUAAAAUAAGUAAACAAAUGAAACUAGAGAAUUUGAUAUUUUACACUCAUAUAAUCUGGAAAUUCUAAAUAAAGGAUUAAGUAGAAAUUAACAAUUCUGUGACAUUCAAGAAAUAUGUCAUAGUGAAAUUAUUCACUAAUAGAAUGUAAAACUCCCAGUUAAGGAAUAGCCUAAAAUACAAGAAUCGAAUUCUUAAUAGAAUUAGGCAAUUAAUAAUAAAUAAUUAGAUUAGCAUCAUCAUAUAAAGGAACCGAAAAAUGAUGUUAUAGAAUAAAAAAACUCAUAAAUUAAGAUAUCUUAGUUAUAAGAAAAUGGUUAAAGCAAUUCAAAGAUAAUUAAGGAUUGUAAUUCCCUUAAUUAAUCUGAUGAAAAUGGUGAUGAACCAAUGUAUUCAGCAAUUUCUUCUUUCAGUAAAAUUGAAUAAUAAUAACAAUAAGAACAAAAAUAAUAAUAAUAAUAACAACAACAGUAACAACAAUAAUAAUAAUUACAACAACAUUAAUAACAACAACAAUAAUAAUAAUAAUAACAAUUUUAACAAUAGUAGCAAUAUCAAUAAUAAUAACAAUAAUACUAAUAGUAAUAAUAAUAGUAGUCUAAGUAUCAAUAAAACUAAAACUAAAAUCAAUAAAUUGAAUAUUAUUAAUAGAUUUAAUAAUAAUAACAACAGUAACAAUAAAUUUAAGAGUAAUAAUAAUAUUUUGAAGAUUAAUAAUAAUAAUUUAAGAAAUAAGAUAAUGCCAAUAAUAAACUGAAACCGAAGGUAUUCAAAUAUAAUGUGAAACAGGAUCUAUACAAUGAAAUGAAACAAGAUAUGAGUAAAUUUAAAAUGAGUAUUGUGAACUAACCUUCGCUAUCGGAAGAUGGUAGUAUCACUUUAUGCCCUAUUUGUUUUGAAACUAGUUUUGUUGAUAGCAACGAAUAAGAUAGAUAUGUAUUAUCAUUGAGUUGUUCUCAUCAAUUUCAUUAUGUUUGUUUAUAACCUUUAUUGUAAACAAGCUUUCUUAAAUGUCCAGUUUGUAAUUAAAUAAUGGGUCAACUAAAAGGGGAUCAACCUGAUGGGAUAAUGGAAGUAGUAACAAUAAAAAAAAAAUGUGAAGGGUAUAAUUGCAACACUAUUUAAAUUAAAUACAGUUUUAAAUAAGGAUAGAGAAAUGGAAGAUUUUUUUCUGGAACAACAAGGUUUGCUUAUUUACCUGAAAAUGAUGAAGGUAAGUUUGUGUUAAGUUUGUUAAAACAAGCAUUUGAUUAAAGAUUAGUAUUUACCAUAGGGACUUCAUUGACAACAGGAAUAGAGAAUUGCAUAGUUUGGAAUGGAAUUCACCAUAAAACUAACUUAGGUGGUGGUCCAUAAAAUUAUGGGUAUCCAGACCCUACUUAUUUUGAGAGAGUUUUGGAUGAGUUGAAGUAAAAAGGGAUUACUUAAUCUAAGAAUUGAA